GGAAUGCGGAAGUCUGUGUCACAGCCUCGGGUCUGGUCUGCGCGAGCUCACAUUAGAAAGGACCAAGACACAGGUAAACAUGACCCAGACCAGUGCUCAUGUCCAUGUGUAGAGACCUCUGCGCUGGGGACAUGUUUGGACUCUAAAUCAGACCUGGAGUUCGCCAUUUUGGGGCUGAAUUCCUGUUUUGUCAAGACCAGUUCUCCUCGUACUGGAAACGCCCAUCUGCACACAUCAUAGGAUACAUCACAGUGCAUCAAUGGCGAUGCGUGAAAUUGAGCCUUACAUCUUCGAUCCGGAGUCGGAGUCUGAGUCAGAGAUUGAGGUUGAGGUGCACAAGGAACCAACGAGACGAUAUGAGUUUUCAGGAGCAGGCAGGACCUUUUACUGGGUCCAAAAUGGUGAUGAGUUCUAUCCUCAGUACAGAAGCAUUUCAAACUCUUCAUAUCACCCUGGAAGCAUAGAAGUUACAUUUGAGCCUGACCAGACAGAAGAUUGUGUAAGUGAGCCAGAAGCACCUGCUCAAAGCGAUGAAGAUGAAGAUGAAGAGGAAGUUUCAGAAGAAGAGCAGGAAGGGGACAUGGGUCACCGGAGUUCAGAUGAGGACUGGCUUCCUCAGACUUUGACAGAGGAAGGAAGUGAAGAAGUGAGAAGAAACACUUCCUCAGAGGAAAGUUCUGACGAUGAGGAGCUCGAUGACGAUCAGAAACCUCCUCGUGAACCGAAGAAAAAGCAGCUGUGCACAGAGUGUGGUGCCUUUUAUUGUACUCCAAAACACAUAUGUGAGCACAAAACUAAACCAUACGCCUGUAAUGUCUGUGGUAAGAGAUGUGUGACUCAGCUGUCUCUAAGAUUACACAGCAACGUUCACAGUGAAACAUAUGAACAUUAUUGUAAAUACUGCUAUGCCACUUUUAAAACUAAACUGGACAAACUUGCACAUGAGGAAAUCCACCAGAAUCAACCAAGGCCAUACAAAUGUCCUGACUGCACUGUCACAUUUACCAACAACACAGAACGCAGAAAACACUUGAAAAACCACAGAGGCCAGAAGAAAUAUAUAUGUGAUAAAUGUGGAAUUGGAUUCCUGGCAAAGGAGAGUUUACAGAGACACGAAAUGAUCCACACAGGAAUGAAACCCCACAAGUGCUCAAUAUGUAAGAGAACAUUUACCCAGAGAAGUCACCUAAAGUCACACAUGCGCGUGCACACGGGAGAGCAGCCUUAUAAAUGUCAGCACUGUGACAAAUCUUUCAACCACAAGGUCAGUCUGAAGAGCCACAUCCAGCGCUACCACUCCCUGGAGUCUGGGGAGAAAGACAAGAGUUAUGAUGGUGUGACUGACACAAAUGACAAUGUACAAAACCAGGACACAGAGAAGAUUCAGAAGAAGCUGAAGGGAAAACAAGGACGGUAUUCUUCUGGUCGACCUCUAGGGAGGCCCAAAAGAAACCCACCUGUAAGCAGCGAAUGUUCAAAAUCAUCUGAGCAGUAACAGCGGAACUGAUAAAACACAAAAUCAAACACGUUACAAUUUUGCAACACACACUUGUUAUAUAAAAUGUAGACAUGAAGUACCGUAAUGUGAAUAAAUAUGUGCCUGUUGUGUG